UUUUCUCCUUUUUGUUCCUGGGGACUACAAACAUUCGAGCUUGAGCAGUCAGCACCCCGAAUCUAGCUGAUUCUGGAAAUAGGCUUGCAGUUCUUCCAAGAAAUGAACCCUUGACCUUGUUGUUUCUUUGUGGAAUUCCGGGUUAUAAGAGAUGGCCACUAUCAUCGGUUUAUCAGCUUCUCAGAGUCAAAUCUUGAGUCGCUGCUCUCCACCUCUCCCUCCUCCUGGCUUCGUCUCGUCUCCAGCUCGUUUCAAAAAGGAAGCGCCGGUUCGUAGAGUGCUUGUGCCUCCUCUAAAGUGUACAUCUUCGGGGCCGACUCAGAACACCGAGUCAGAAGCUCAAACGACGUCGCCCUCGUCUUCUUCUGCUUCAUUGGAUUCGAGAAAUUCCAUGUAUAAUUGGAGUGCGGGGCUUGGUGCCAUCGGGCUCGUUGAAACUGCCUACCUGACUUACCUCAAGCUCUCCGACUCCGAUGCCUUCUGCCCUCUCGGUGGUGGCAGUUGCGGAGAUGUCCUCAACAGUGAUUUCGCUGUCAUUUUUGGGGUUCCCCUUCCAUUAGUUGGACUGGUUGCUUAUGGAUUUGUUACGGCACUCAGCUUGCAGUUGAGUGCGAAGAGUUCACCUUUUGGAAUCAGCGAAUCAUAUGGUCGUUUGCUAUUGCUUGGGAGCACUACCUCCAUGGCAGCUGCUAGUGCAUAUUUUUUAUACAUACUGAGUACACAAUUUGCAGGAGCAUCUUGCUCGUACUGUUUAAUGUCAGCUCUGUUGUCAUUUAGUUUAUUUUUCAUCAGCUUAAAGGAUGUCGGGUUGCAGGAGAUACAGAAAGUGGUGGGUUUACAGAUAUGCAUAGCAAGCUUGGUGGUUGCCACAUUAAGUGCCUCAUAUAGCACUACACUGUCUGUUCCUUCGAGCCUGGCUAAUGUUGAUCUUCCAUAUUAUACUACUGAGAUAAGAACAAAAUCGAGUCCUUUUGCUCUUUCUCUUGCAAAGCAUCUACACUCUAUAGGCGCUAAGAUGUAUGGGGCUUUUUGGUGUUCUCACUGUUUAGAACAAAAACAGAUGUUUGGACGUGAGGCAUCGAAGUUGUUGGACUAUGUGGAAUGUUUUCCUGAUGGAGUUAAGACAGGAACUAAAAUGGUUAAGGCAUGUGCAGAUGCGAAAUUAGAAGGAUUCCCAACCUGGAUUAUUAAUGGUCAGGUUUUGAAUGGAGAAGUAGAAUUGAAAGAACUUGCAGAAAUCUCCGGGUUCAAUUUCAAUGAACUGGUAAACUAAUCAAUUGGGGGUGAAAGUGGAACUUGUACAGCUUCUAAAAGAAUUGCCCCAUCUAAAAUUUCGAUGUACGAAGUUUGGUUCUCAAGGAAGCAACAAGAGGUACCAUGUGGGACAAAGAAUGUAACGUUCAUUGUAUUAGACACGUCUAAUAAGUCUGUACAAUUAUAUGACAGAUUUUGGGGGCACGGAGAAUAUGAUAAUGUACAUCUCUGCCCUACUUAUAAAUCAUGUAUGAAAACUGUGAACUCUGAGAGGAGCUCGCCAGAAGAACUUUUGUGAAGCCUGGGCCAAAACCAAGGCUCAAGCUCAAAAAUGACUGCUAAAAAUGUUCAAUAGCCCACUCGGCUACGUCUGAAACUUUGUUGAGAGAGUUUAUCCA